AUGAUCCAUGCUGUAUUAAUAUUUAAUAAAAAACGUCAACCUAGAUUGAUUCGAUUUUAUUCUCCAGUGGACCUCCCUAAACAGAAAUUGCUAUUAGAACAAGUGUAUGAUUUAGUCUCGCAAAGGAAUAACGAUUUCCAAAGUUCAUUCUUAGUUACACCUCCUUCUCUAUACACGAAUAGCUCGUCUUCAUCAUCAUCCAAAGAUAGAAAUUUCAUUGAUGAAGAUAUUCAAAUAAUCUACAAGAAUUACGCUACACUAUAUUUUACAUUUAUUGUUGAUGAUCAGGAAUCAGAACUAGCCAUCUUAGAUUUAAUACAAACAUUUGUCGAGGCUCUUGAUCGAUGCUUUACAGAAGUUAAUGAACUAGAUUUGAUUUUUAAUUGGCAAACAUUACAAAGUGUACUAGAGGAAAUUAUACAAGGUGGUAUGGUCAUUGAAACCAAUGUUAAUAAGAUUGUCAGUGCUGUGGACCAGUUGAAUAAAGCGUCCGAGUCAAGCGAUAGUAAGAUAACAUCAAGUUUCACAAGUGCUCUUCAGGCAUUUGCACAAGGUGGAUUUGCCCAAUGGGCAUCAGGCCAGUAA